UCUCAGCGAGAGUAUCUGCAUCCAGACACAGAGGCGGUGGUCAUGAAGCUGGGAGUCCUGGUGCUGCUGGCCAUGAUGGCUCUGGUUCCUGAGGCAGACGGCCGGGUCAGCUCUAAAUGUGAGCUAAAGGCCAAACUGUGGGAACAGAUACCCCAAAACCUGGAUGACCACCAGAAGAAAUACGUCCUAGCAGCACUGAUCAAUCAUCUUAACAAGACAACUAAACUGGAAACCAAAACUAUUAAGAGGCUGCCCGAACCAGAGUUACCACAGGUUAUGAUCCAAGGCUCUGAAGAAUGGACCGAUCAGGAAACUGCUAUGAAUGAAGAAGCAACAAAGGAUGAACCAAUGCAAGAUGAAGGACAUGGCAGUGAAGAAACAGAGGAUGAAACAAACGGCGACGCAACAGCUGAUGAUGCAACAGUGGACGACACAACAGCCGACAACGCAAUGGCAGAUGGAGAGAAAAAGAAAGUUAACGAUGAAGAACAAUAUUCUGAAGAAAUGCAAAAUGAAGGAAACGGCAGUGAAGAAACAGAGGAUGAAACAAACGGCGACGCAACGGCCGAUGACGCAAUGGCAGAUGGAGAGACAAAGAAAGUUAACGAUGAAGAACAAUAUUCUGAAGAAAUGCAAAAUGAAGGAAACGGCAGUGAAGAAACAGAGGAUGAAACGAACGGCGGAGAGACAAAAAAUGAAGUUAACGAUGAAGGAAAAUAUUCUGGAGAAAUGAAGGGUGAAGGAACACAAAAUGAAGGAAACAGCAGUGAAGAAAUAGAGGGUGAAAUGAAUGGAGAAGAAAUGGACAAAAAAACAACGGAGAAAGCCACAACAACCAAAGCUACAACAACCAAAGCUACAACAAAGAAAGCUACAACGAAGAAAGCUACAACAAUCAAAGCUACAACGAAGAAAGCUACAACAAUCAAAGCUACAACGAAGAAAGCUACAACAACCAAAGCUACAACAACCAAAGCUACAACAAAGAAAGCUACAACAACCAAAGCUACAACAAAGAAAGCUACAACAACCAAAGCUACAACAAAGAAAGCUACAACAACCAAAGCUACAACAAAGAAAUCCACAACAACCAAAACUGCAACGAAGAAAUCCACAACAACCAAAGCUACAACGAAGAAAGCCACAACAACCAAAGCUACAAUAACCAAAGCUACAACAACCAAAACUGCAACGAAGAAAGCUGCAAAAGAUGUAACGAGUGAGGAUGCAAGAGAGACAGGAAAUAAAACGGCAAUUGGUGAAUUAACAGGCAACGAAGAAAAUAAGGCAACAAAUGCUGAUGACGGAGUUGCAGAUGAAGAAGCAACAAAUGCUAAACCAUCAACCAAUGAAAACACCUUAAAAACAGAAGCUGCCAAGAGAAGACGAAAGCGUGACGUUUACAAGAUGACCAAGAAGUGCAACCUGAUGCAACGGCGCCUUCUGGAGAGGUUGAACCUCUGCGCCAGUUUUGAUGAAGUGGCGCAGACUUCGGCUGAAGACAAGCAAAAAGAUGGAGUGUGGACGCUGAAUUGUUACGGGAUCUUUGGACUGAGUGAUGGAUACUUCUGCAAAUCCGGACACCGUGACUCUGAAAACGUGUGCAAAAGAGACUGCAGUGACUUCGAAGAUGACGACAUCUCUGAUGACAUUGAUUGUCUGAUGAAGACAAACUACUGGCUGAAACUUGUUCAGGACUCCACCACGAACGUUUGUGACCUUGAGGAUUUCUUUGAUGGCUGUGACGACUGAGUCGGACAUCGGGCUUUCUUCCUCACAGGGGGACGCCACAGGAGCUGGGACGGUUUUGGUUUUCUAACAGCUGCAAAGAGUUGUUUUCUUUAUUUAUUUCUUUAUCUUGUAGGAACUGACUUAAUGAUUGAAAAUGCUGAAUUAGGAACAGUAGUCACUGGGCUACUGCAUGCCCUCCCCCUCCCUCCUCCCUCUACCUGUGGCCUGCAGCACACCCGAGUUUGAUCAGCAUGAGGCCACCACACAUUCCCAGACAACAGGAGCUCUGUUUUCUUUUCAGACUUAAAUAGGUGGUCUGUUUGCGUCAGGUCUUAUUUGGGUGGUCUCUGGUCAAGUGACCCACAUAUUAGCCACGCCCCCUCCCUUCUGUUGCCCCGCCCCUGUUUGAUUUUUUGGUUGGAUUUGUGAAUUUUUGCACCAUUACUAAUAAAGCUUGGCUUCU